AUGAAAUUCGGCAAAGAGUUUCGUACCCAUCUCGAAGAUACUUUACCUGAGUGGAGAGACAAGUUCCUUUGCUAUAAACCCUUGAAAAAGCUUCUCAAAUAUUACCCUUAUUCCUCCGCCGAUCUAUCCACCGGAGAUUUUCCCGAUCAGAUCGACUUGCGUACCGUAUUUGCCGACACUACUAACAUAUCCUCCUCCGCUGCCGGCGAAGACGGCGUUGUGGUUCCAGGCGCCAGGCCUACGGAAGAUCUCCAGGGUUCGUUUGUGAGGAUACUAAACGAAGAGCUUGAGAAGUUUAACGAUUUCUACGUCGAUAAAGAAGAAGAUUUCGUUAUCAGAUUACAGGAGCUGAAGGAAAGAAUCGAGCGAGUCAAGGAGAAGAACGGUAGUAAUGGGGAAUUUGCAUCAGAAAGCGAGUUCAGUGAAGAAAUGAUGGAUAUCCGCAGAGACCUUGUUACCAUUCAUGGCGAGAUGGUGCUCCUUAAAAACUACAGCUCCCUAAAUUUUGCAGGACUUGUCAAAAUCUUGAAGAAGUAUGAUAAAAGAACAGGAGGUCUUCUACGUUUGCCUUUCACUCAGGUUGUUCUCCAUCAGCCCUUCUUUACAACAGAGCCACUUACAAGGUUAGUCCGUGAAUGUGAGGCGAAUCUUGAGCUUCUCUUCCCAUCAGAAGCAGAAGUUGUAGAGUCUUCUAACACAGUGUCAACCUCACAUCAAAACCACUCGCCAAGAAUCUCAGCAGAGACUUCCUCAACCCUCGGCGAUGAAAAUCUUGAUAUAUAUAGGAGUACACUCGCUGCAAUGAAAGCCAUACGAGGGUUACAAAAGGCCAGCUCGACGUAUAAUCCUUUAUCAUUCUCAUCGCUUCUUAAGAACGAGGAUGAUGAGACAGUAACAGCGGAAAACUCUCCAAACUCUGCGGAUUUGCAGAGCAAAGAUGAAGCAGAGAAGGAAGACACAGGACCUUCCCACUGA